UGUUUAUUUCACAAGAUGUGUUCCAGCCAAUCACUCUGAACGCGCGUUCUGAUCAGCUGUUCUGUGAUGUUCUAUCCGAGUUGAAGGUGGUUCUGGAGAAGGAUCCCAGAGCGAAGCAGACACGUCUCCAUCCAGAUUCCCUGAAGCGCUUGGAGGAAUUUCCUGCAAGAAAACACAAAAACAGUUUCCCCCAAACAUCAUCCGAGACCCAAGACAAGCUCCGACACUCGGAGAGUCGUCCUCCCAGUCAUCAAGUCUGGAUCCAGGAGUCAGCUGCUGCAUCCUGCAGAACAGAUGGAGCUCUUCCUCUGGGGAAUGCUCCAGAAGAUCCAGAUGUCUCCGUCUGCUCCAUCUCAUCCUGAUCCCAUAUUAUCAUUCAGAUUCAGAAAACCUUAUUGGUCUCAGAGGGUUAUUGAUUUGUAGAACUUCCUGUGCAGUUUCACAAACAACACAAUCACAUCAAGUCAGACCUUCAGAGUUUAAAAUGAGAGCUCCUGAGCUCCAUACCAACAACGAUAUCACAUCAACAAUAACCCCAAAACACUUUAUCUUCUUGAAUUCUUUCCCCACAUAAGUCCUCGUGAAGAUGAUCCAGUCCUCUAAUCAGAGCAGAUCCAGAUGAUCACGUGUCUGCCUCAGAAAAGGAUCGAUCAGCAUCUUUGAAAUGUGGAGAUAAACGAUCCACGUUUGAAGGACCGUCCAGAACUUUGUUUUGGACUUCUAUCAGGACUGAUCCGAACCUGUCACCAACAGAUGAUAAACAAAACCACGCUGAGGACGCUCCACUGCGGCUGCGCGCGACGCACCGGAAGUCCUGUCCCCUGGCGGAGCCGCUUACCGGAAGUUCUCGGAUUUAGUGGAGAUUUUUGGGUCUGGUUCCGAGGACCUUGACCCGAAACAGCCGCGGAGUUCCUGCUGACUCGCUUUGACCCCCGUAGACCAGAACCGUCGGUACAAUCCGGGCUCCGCCCCUCCACCUCCGCCAUCUUGCCCCGCCCCUUUAGGCGCCAAAUCCAAACCGGCCAUCCGAACUCCUACCGGUCCAGGCAAAUCCCGCCAUGGAGAAUACGUCCACGAACGGUGCGUGACCGCGGGGGCUGCUGGGAAAUGCUCCGCGCGGGUUCUCACGGACUGUUCUGCUCCGAACAGGAGUUCUGACCCACCUGAGCCUGCUGGAGGUUCGGGCCCUGAGCCGCGGAGGCCCGGAGCCGCAGCGGAGCCGCGUGAGGGAGCUGCGGGGGGAGGCGGAGGAGCUGCGCGGCGUCAGAGACCAGCUGGAGGCGGAGAUCCGCGCGCGCAAGAUCUACGUUAAACGUCCUGAACCUGGAGCAGAACCCGGACCGGAUGGUCCUGAGCUUCCAGAACCCGCAGAGCAGGAAGCAGCAGACGGACGAGCUGCAGGAGGAACCGGGGCAGAUGUUCCUGCAGGAGCUCCGGUCGUCUGCAGACCCCCCUGCAGGAGAGCUGCUCCCGCUGAUGCGCAGACACUCGGAUCUGAAGCAGCGCCUUCACGUGCAUCACCUGAUAGGAGGAUUCGACGCCGUGCGCACUCGCCAGGGCAGAGCGGUAUGCGUGUUUGUGCAGACUGCAUACGAGGGCGUCUUCCUGGAAACCUUCAACAUGGAGCUGGAGCUGAAGCCACGCGUCCAGAUUGGCCGCCACAACAUCCCGCCCUUCAUCCCCCUGCAGAGCCUGGCGGAGCAGAGCCACCUGCAGACGGACGCCGGGGCGUUUCUGAGCAUGCUCAGUCAGCACCUCAACGCCUUCGUGGGCCGCAGACGGCAGCUGCAGCUGGUUCAGGAGCAGCACCGGUCGGUGGAGGUCAUGGAGAGCAACCUGCUGUGCUCCGUCCUGGUGCUGCUGUUCACCGCGCCGCCGGAGAAGACGGCUCUGCUCUGCACGCUGAAGUACGCCGACCUCGGCAGCUGUCUGCCCGGCCAGGUCCACCUGGACUGUGAAGACAGUCGACUGCCAGAGUCUCCAGAGUGGAGGAGCUGCUGCGACACGCUGAGGAAGACGCCGCUGCACCGAGCGCUGGCCGGAAUGAAGAAGAGCAGGAUGAUCCUUUAGCCUGAGGAUCAGAGAUCAGCGCCUGCAGCAGCGUCUGCAGCAACUGUUCAAAUCUCUUUCAGCCUGCAGGUUAAUGCAUGCGCACGGACAACCUCAAGCAUCUGGGCACAAAUCCUCUUUCAGGCUGCAUUUAGGAACCUGAGGAAAACUGGGAAACUGAGAGUUUGGUGAAGACAUUUGUCAGUGAAAAAUGUCCCAGCUUUGUGCAGAUCCCCAAAUGCUGAGGUCUGACUUGUGCACGCUCCCUCCACGUGCACGCUCCCUUUGUGAACUCUUCAGGUCAGACGACGAUUUGCAUCAGUUAAAUGUUGAGUUCUUUGAACGCUGCGUUUGCUGCCGCGUGUAAACUUCUGUUGCGGCUCACCUUGUUUUGGUUGAAGCCUCUUAAGUCUGUUUGAAUUUGUUUUCUAUCAAUAAAAUAUAUAAAUGAUGAGUAACAAAAAAAUAAAUCAUUAAAGAGUUUUUGAAUCUAAA